UGUGACGGCAUGGACGGGUACCUUGAUCAACCGAUAAGAUGAUGUAAUUGAAUAUGAUAAUCGUCUUUCUAGUGAAAUGAAGUACCUCUAUUUGGUGCAGCCUGUGUACUAUACAUGUGGUUGAUGACAUUAUGUCAUUAUCCGAACUAAACUUACGGAGACAACAUGAAUCAACACAAGAUAACACGGAUAGCGCUAAGGUGCUCCUCGAGUUUCGAGGAAAGACGGCCAAAUUUAGCAGAGAAUGUGGCUAAAUAAAGCACAACGAGUACUGGUGAUUGGGGUGGGGAAGAAUCAUAGCCAGAGGUUUGAGGAAACACAUCCAAAUUUAGCUGAAAAAUUCUCUCUAAUUCUAAAUGUAGCCAUUUUACUAUGGUGGGUAAGGAAGAAGCAUGUCCAUGGAAUUAAUUAUAUUAAUCACCCCAGUCGUUUCUCUUUUGUAAAGGAGGAACGGGGCAUUUGUUACCCAGAUAAUUCAGCAGUAACAAUGACCCCUACAGUUUCCUUCUCGGUUUUCGCGAUCGCAUUGCUGAUCGUAGGCACUUCGGCUAAUGAGGAGCAGGUACUUGGGAUAUUUGGUUAUGGAGGCAAGAAUGGCCCUGACCAUUGGGGAGAAUUGAGCUCAAAAUACUCUUCAUGCUCAAACGGGAAAUGGCAAUCUCCUGUGGACAUUGUGAAGGACAAAGUUGUGCGUAACAAGAACAUGAAACCCUUGAUCAGAGACUAUGGUCCCGCAAAUGCCACUCUGGUCAACAACGGGUUUAACAUUGCGAUCAAUUUUGGGGGACAUUUGGGAGUGUUGGUUGCAGAUGGGAAGAACUUCACCUUCAAGCAUAUGCACUGGCAUUCUCCUUCCGAGCACCAGAUUGAUGGACAUAGAUUUCCUGUGGAGAUGCAUAUGGUCCACGAGGCAGAUGACGGCAGCUUCGCAGUUGUGUCAACCCUCUACAGAUAUGGUGAUCCCGAUCCUCUUCUUUCUAAGAUAAAGGGAAAUUUGGAUGAACUGGCCAAGGAAAAGUGUGCAGAGCACGAAGAAGCUCAUAUCCCUCUUGGAUACUUCAACACCAGGUGGCUGAUGCGGAAGACCCGCAAAUAUUACAGAUACUACGGUUCUCUCACCACUCCCCCAUGCACCGAGAAGAUCAUGUGGAAUAUUCUCGGCAAGGUGAGAUCAAUCUCCAAGGAUCAAAUAGAGGCACUGAAGAAGCCAUUGGUGUCUAAUUGCAAGGAGAACUCGAGGCCAGUACGGCCAUUGAAUGGGCGCCUGAUUGAGCUAUACGAUGAGCUUGGCGGCAAACAAGUUUAAUUACACCAUGCAUCCAUCUUCACCACUCAUCGAAAGAGCUGCUGCAUUUAUGUUUUCUACUUCAUGCAUCAUGUAUAUUAUGAACUAAUCUUAUAAUCAAGUACAACAUAUAUAUUAUUUAUAUCGUGUAUAUGUUCCUAUGUAGUUCAUGCAGUGCCUAGAAAAAUGAAUUCUCUUCGGCACGCAUGGUAGCUUCAGUCUUGCAUACAGGAAUGAUUAUGUCAAUUCCAUUUUCUUCAA